AUGGAUCGACUGAAGAAGGCGAGGGCUCCAGCUCGAGCUUCCAUUACCAAGACGGUGGAUGGUGUAGUUGCUGAGUUGGCGAAAGAUCCAAAGGACUCGAGAGAACUUACCAUCAAGUUAAGGAAGUUGGAAUCCCUGCAGACGUCGAUCAGAGAACAUGAUGAAAAGGUGCUUACCCAGAUGUUUGAUGACAAUUGCACGGCGGAGUCUUAUGGGGAGGAGAGUGCAGUGAAUGAAGAAUAUUCAGAUAGAAUCAGAGUUUCUAUCAUGGAUAUUGAGAAGAUUCUUAAUGCAGAAAUCCGUCCACCAAGUCCGAGUGCAAGUAGCAGCUAUGUCACCGUGAAUGGGGAGCGUAUCAAGAAGAAUAGAAACUUCAAACUGCCCAAGAUCGAGCUACAGAAAUUCGAUGGGAGUUGGAAGAGCUGGUUGGGGUGGUGGGCUCAAUACCGUCAGAUUCACGAAGAUGAUGAAUUGCAAGUAAACGUGAAGUUUCAGUAUUUGAUUCAAGCCAUCGUCCCCGGAUCAGAAGCAGAAAAAGUGAUCAAGAUUUAUCCACGGUCGGAUCAGAAUUAUCCUUUGGUGGUUGAGAAGCUGAAGUCCCGCGCCGCGGAUUCAAGAGAAGAUGCCGACGUGGAAGAAUUGCAUGACCAGUUGGAAGUGGAAUCCAGUCUGCCACAGCAAGUGUUACUCAGGUGGCAGAAUAGUAAUUUGAGGGUACGCGAGAAGAAAUCAGACUUGUCUUCUGCUACCAAUUUAGAAAACCUGAUGGAGUUUUUGCGGCUGGAGGCACAGAAUGCCAAAGAAAGGAAAUUUGUGCUGUCAACCUUCAGGCAAAGUCCAGUCAAGAAUAGAGAGAAAGUAAACGUGUAUGCAGAGAGUGAAUGUGAAGAUUUCUCUACUGCUGCCGGUCUCUAUUCAAGUCAUCAAGCUGAGCAGCGAUGUGUCUUUUGUGGAAAGUCGAAUCACAAAAGUCAGAUGUGCUAUAAGGCUCAGACAUUACCUCUCGAGGAGAAGAAGAUCCUGGUGAAGGAGAAUCGGGGAUGCUUCAUCUGCCUGGGAAGAGGACAUUAUGCAAAUGACUGUACCAAGGAGGUCAGUUGCCAAAUAUGUGGACGGAAACACUACUCUGUGAUGUGUCCUGGUCAGGUCCGAGAUGAGGAAGUGACGUCAAUUAAUGAAGAUGAAUCAAGUAGCAGUUCGGUGGAAGAAACCACCACUAACUUCAGUCAGGGAUGCCCAAGCAAAGUGGUACUGAUGAAGACGCUCCGUGUUAUGGUAAACGGAGCAAGUGGAGUCAAGAAAGAAGUCCGACUACUUUUCGACGAGGGAAGUCAGAGGUCAUACAUAAGGACGAAGACGGCCCAGGAGUUGAAAUGUCAAGUAGUGGACAAGUUGACUCUUCAGAAUAGCUUAUUCGGUGGACAUGUGACUAGCACCGAAGAAAAGAAUUGUUACCGGGUCACUACCAGCGGUAUCGAUAGGAAGGAUUGUGCGAGGAUGAAUCUCCAGUUAGUCAACGAGGACUUUAUUUGUGGAGCAUGCCCAGAAAUCCCACCUGGCCCUUGGUGUAAAGAGUUGGCUCGGAAAAAGAUCCACACGACAGACACUUCAGCGUCGGAAGUCGACAUAUUGAUAGGAAGCGAUCUGUGGGGAAGUUUGAUGACCGGAAGAAUGGUCAAACUUGGUUGUGGAUUUAUCGCCGUGGAAUCCGUGUUUGGAUGGACUAUCAGCGGAGUGGUUCUAGGUGUCAACAAUUGCAAGUUGAAUUACGCUGGUGUCGUAAUUAGUUCAAGUAGAAGGAAGAGCUUUGUAGAGAAAAGAACUCAAGAGGAGCAACAACGAGUCGAGAAGACUACUCAAGAUAAACGUGUAAAGGUCGACGAGUUGAGACGGUGGGAGCGAAGUGUUGUGGGGGUUCCCAGAAUCGGCUAG